UCUCUUGCUCUUGGUUCCCAGCUCUGUGAGACGUGACGUCACCAUGUUAUGGCCACACCUCGGCACGCUGGCCCUGCUUUUCCUGCAGCUGCUGUUGCUGUGGACGCAGAUGAUGCAGCAGGUGAGUGCGGCCUUCCAGCUGCCGCCCUUCCUGCAGACGCUGUCGGAGCAGACUCUGAGCCGCAGUCACCUCAACGGGCAGGACCGCGUGUACGCCCUUCCUUCCGCCAUCCCCAACGUGCCCAACAUCCGGCGCUUCACGCCGCGUAAGAAGCACCUCAACCACAAACUGAUGCAGCGCAUGCGCAAACACUUUGACGCCUUCUGGAUGUCGGUGGAGCGCCCGCAGGACGCCGACCAGGAGACGGCCAAGGAUGCCUCCGUGGACCAGAGCCUGGUGAAGGCCGUGCAGCGCCUCAACUUCACGCUGCGGGGGGCCGAGGGGGCAGUGGACCUGGAGCCGCCGGUGGUGGAGGCGUUGAGCGCCUGGCUGCUGCAGCGCAGCACGUGCCGCGUGCACUACGUGUGGGACGACCUGGGUGUGCUGUACUGGCCGCGCUGGGUGCGCCGCGGCUACUGCAAGGCCGGCGACAGUCAGAACUCCUCCCCAACCGAGGACACCUCCGCCGGCGCCUCCUCCCCCUCGCUGUCCUCCUCCUGCUCCUGGCCUCCCGGCAUGCACUGCGUGCCGGCCGAGUCGCGUCGCAUCCGCAUCCUGAGCUGGCAAUGCCGCCACGACAAGGCCUUCAACAACUGGAACAAGCGGUACCGCAGUCAGAAGAAACUGGACUUCGGCUUGUCGCAGGCCCUGGCAUCGGCGGGGUCGGGGUCAGGAUCAGGGUCAGGGGUCAGGAUCGGGGUCGGGGUCACGUGACAAACGCAGUGCCUACGACCUGGCGGACAAAGCCCGAUGGAACAGCAGCGAAGUGGAGGAACCAGACGAGAUCAACGAAACGGAGAACUGGAGCAGCAAGCCCUGGAAGGAACGACAGCACAAACUGAAGAUGCACUGCAAGUGGAAGAAGAUUCGCUACCCCGUCACAGACGACUGCUUCUGCUCCUGCUGAAGUGCCAGUGUAACCUUU